AGCUAGCCACUUGGCAGGACACGAUCCCGACACACGCCAAAAAAUACACGAAAUUCGAAAUACAAAACUCGCAACACAAACCGGAAGCGGAAACGGAGACGAGCCAAGUGCACAUGCGCAAAAGUGACUUGCAGAAAACCUAACAAGAGAGCAUCAAGUGAUCACCGCCUUUGAAAUGUGUUUGCAAAAGGUGUUCAGUGAGAGGUUGAACCAGUGAACAUAUAGAAAAUAUAAAGAAAACAGUGAUUAAAAAGUGAUUGUGGAAGAAGACUACCAAACAUAAUUAAUGAUAAUAUCAUCCAAAAUGGCUGCAUCCAUAUAUGCCACCCCACCGCCAGAUCUGAGCAGCGAGGACACUGCUCUCUCCGACGUCUCUAACUCAUCGACACUGAACACGAACCGAAACAGCAACAACACACAUGAAGCCACAGGAGCAACAUCCGGAGAAACAACAGCAGCAGCAUCAGGAGGGGGAGGAGGAGCAGAAACAGGAGCAGGGGGAGAUGCAGGAAUGGGAGCCAUUUCACCCGUCGAGCACUUGGUCAAGCCAAUGGAGCUGAAACUGGAGUCACAGCCAGCGGGAAGCGGCACAACUGAGCCGGAGCCAGAGCCGGAGGAAGCGCUCAAGAAUAGGGAGGAAGCGGAGGAAGAGGGGGAGGAGGAAGAUGCCCACAUGGCCACUAUGGCGGCAGCCAUGCAGCUGCAACUGCUGGAGGCUUUGAGCGAUGCAGCCAAGAAGCGGCGUAAGCAACACAAUCCCAGUCGCCUGGAGGCGCUCAACCUCAGCGGCGAAGCUACGGGUCAGAAGCGAGGUGACUCCACUGUGGAUUACGAGGAAAGGCUGUCCAAGAUGUUCCUUCCCAAGUCCAUUGAGCAGCUGAAGGAGACCUUUGAGCUGCUGCAGCAGCACAAGCAGGUGGAAGAGCAGCCCGAACCUGAACCGGAAGCCGAGACCGAACCUCAAGCCGAGCCAGAAGCGGAAGCCAUGGCAGACAUAUCAGAGCGAGCGACCAAGGAGCGGGAGAAUCCCUACCACACCUUCUGUAAGCAGUGCGGCGAGAACUUCGAGACCGAGUUCAAGCUGAGCCUGCACAUGCUGCAGGACCAUGGCGAGGAUCGGUCGGGCGACCAGGAUCCUGCCGACUUUCUGGCCUCCAUCAAGGUAAAGCUCGAGCGAGCCGAGAGUCCUAGUCCGCAGCAGGAACACCAGAUGCAGCUGCAGCAGCAGCAGCACGACCUGACCAACGGUCAUGGCAAGGACUUGGAGCGUGAGCAGGACCACUGGUUCCAGGCUAUGCAACAGGCCCAGGCCCAUCAUACACAUGCCGGUCAAAUGCCACCGGCGUUUCCCUUUCCCCCGGAGGCCGCACUGGGAGUGGGUCCAGCUGGCUACCUGCCCCUGCUGGGAAUGUCCGGGUUUCCGGGAGUCGAUGGCCUGAACCGACCGCCGUUGCGAAUCUUCAACCCCGAGGCCUACUGCGAGCUGUGCAACAAGGAGUUUUGCAACAAGUACUUCCUCAAGACGCACAAGGCCAACAAGCAUGGCAUCUUCGAUCCAGUCGGCGAGCCCAGCACCACCAACACUUCCAGCCAUCACAACAAUAAUAACAACACCACCAGCAGUAAUAACAACAACAGCGGUCACCCCACCAAUCCCGGCAUGAGCUCCAUGAGUCAGAUGUUCCAGCUGCAGCGAGAGGCACCGCAGGUCACCAAGCAGGACCAGGUAUCGGCCAGCGGAGGAGCCUCCGCUCCUCCAAUAGCUACAGUGCACUGUGAUGUCUGUUCCAAACGUUUUACCAACGUCUUCGCCAUGCGUCGCCACCGGGCCAAGCAACACGACUCGCUGCCUUCCGCCCAGGAUUCCCCCAACUCCCAGACUCAGACACCGACGCAGUCACAGUCGCAAUCCCUGCGCGGCAGUCCCAACGAACCAUCGCAGCAGACCAUUAAGCAGGAAAUGCCGCAGGAGGUGGAGCAGCUCAAGCCGUACCAGUUGCCCGAGGGCUUCCGCGAGGACUUCACCUUGGAGCAGGAGGAGCUGAGCUUCGUGCCACCACCCCGGAAGCUGCCGUCGCACCUACAACAGCAGGCCAAGGAAGCCAACUUCAGUCCGGACAAACUGCGUCGCCUGGGCGUCCAGUUCCCGGAAUUCUACUGCGAACUGUGCCACCGGGAGUACGCCAACAAGUACUUCCUGCGCACCCACAAGUGGAAGCGACACGGUCUGUUCGUGCCACCGGAAGACGUGACACCACAGCAAGCUGGCAAGGAGGAGGCCCAGAUGAGUGCCUGGCCCUUCAUGCCGUUAAAUCUGAUGCUGGCCAAGGCGGCGGCAGCCUCAAUGGAUCAGCAGGAGCUGGACCAGGAGAUAACGGAGGCGGAAGCUGAUGCUGAGCAGCCCAACAAGCGAAUCAAGCUGGAGCAGCAGGAGCCGUCGCCGCCGGAGGGCUAUGAUGAGGAGAAGCUGAACGGGUCGGUGGUUGGACUGCAGAAUCUCCAGAAGCUCCAGUCCAUGCUUCAACAGCUAAAUGACAUCAACGGAAAGCGUCCUCUGCCCUGUCACCUUUGCGGCAGGGAGCUGGAGAACCAGUAUGCGCUGAGGGCUCACCUAAUGACCGAGCACGCGGGCCAGAUGCAACUGCCCAUGCCCAUUCCCAUUCCCCUGCCCGAUCAGCAGGCAUCUCAUCCCAUGGCCGGCUUGUAUCAUCCCCAAACUCCACCAGGACCCGGGGCUAGAUCCUCGCCCAUCGGCGACCUUCGUUGCCAGCAGUGCGAUCGAGAUUUCGCCACCGCCCAGGAAUUCAAGCAACAUAUCGCAGAGGUGCACAUGGUCGGCCGGAAUGGCGGACUCGGUGGUAGUCCCCUGCGCGAGGGCUUCUUCACCCCGGAACGGCCGGUGCCGCCACCAGCUGGGGCAGGAGGAGCUGUCCCAGCCGGAGCUACACCGGGCAAUCGUCCGGCUUACACCAUCACACCGACCAGUAGCUACUGCGAGAUUUGUAACAAGGAGCUGUGCAACAAGUACUUCAUGAAGACGCACAUGCAGCGGAUGCACGGCAUCGAGAUAGAGAACGGAGCCCAGAUCGGAGGCGUUGUGUGCAACAUCUGCAACAAGGAGCUUUGCAGCAAGUAUUUCCUGCGGGUGCACAAGCACAACACGCACGGGAUCAUCGAGGAGGGCUCUCCGCUGCCACAGCCUCGUGGUCAGAACGGCGUUAAGAUGGAGGCAGCCGCCGCAGCAGCAGCUGCCGCAGCUUCUCAGUCCCAAUCGCAGCCAGCGGCAGCUCAGCAGCAGGAUCAGGAGAUGAAUGUCUCGCCGCCCACAGUGGAGGGCGGUUCCAGCUCCAAUUCAUCUGGCACAAGCCACGAGGUGUGUCCGCUGUGCUCGCGACAGUUCCGCAGCUUCAAGUGGCUGCGUUCCCAUCUGAUGAACGAGCACGGAUCCGCGGGAGUGGAACGCCUCCGAGAGAUGGAACCCACUCAGUCCUCGGGACGCAGCAAGCCCAACAGUCCAACGCUCAAGAUACCCAACGGCAGUGGCAACGGUAACCCGACUCCGGGGGGAGCGGGAGCUGGAAAUGCCGCUCCCAAUCUCGCCCAGGCCCUGCAGAACCUCAAUGCCCAGCACCUCUUCGGCCAGAUGCAGCAGCAGCAGCAGAUGCCCAAGAUGCCGCCCCUGCCACUGCCGGGAAUGUUUGGUGAGCAGGCAGCCAGAUUCAAGGAGUACCAGUGCUCACUGUGUCCCUUCACCACGCCCUACUACGCCUUCCUCUUCAUCCACGAGCGCUCCCAUGCGCUGCUUAACAACGGAGGCGAAGGCAUGGAACUACCCAUGGAGACACCGCCGCCACAGCCAGCGAGGAACCCGGGAAAGUCGCGCAGCAAGUCCAGCAAGACUGCAGCAGUGGUGGUGGCACCUCCAGAGCCCGCGGAACUCCCUGUGGAGCCCACCAAUCUCAGCACCUCCGCUGCUAAGAUCUCGCCAUCAGCCGGAUCUCCAUCCAACUCCUCCCCCAAGGCAACCAGCUCAACUGCUUCUCCCAAGAUUCAACGUCGUCGAUCUUCCUCGAAGCCACCAACCACGCCCAACGGCUUGGCCAGUGGUAGCAAUGGAAUCGUAGCCGGACACGGAAGUGGUGGCCACCGCUCGGCAGCCACCUCGCCCUUCGAGGGCUGCGGAGAGCUGGCCAACGGUAGCGGCAAGCCGGCGAGCUACGCCCAGCCGGAUCGGGCCGAGGAAGCAUAUCAAAUGCAGGCCUUCCACCUGCAGCCCGCCGACGCCGACUCGGAGAUGCAGUUCGCGCCGGCUUUGGUGUACCUGCCGGUGCGGGUGCGGGCCUCGGAGUCGGCCACGCUCAGUUUCCGGCUAACACCGGCCUAAAGUGCAGCAUGCAACAGGUAUAUAGUGUUGCCAGCAGCAGCGUAAGUUACAAACCAUAGUCACCAUUCAGAAAUCUUUGGGGGCCUUGGUCACUCGUAACAAGAUAGGAAAGUCCAGAAAACAGAGAGCAAAGGCAGUUUUGCUUUACAAAAUCAUGCAUUAUUUCCCCAUUCCGAAUAUAUAUUUUCUAGUUUCAAAAGUUUUUUACGAUUUAAAUUCCAAAGAGUGACCAAAAGCCCGUCAGAGAACCACAGAAAUCCCCACAAAAUAGGUAAGCAAACGAAGUUAGGAACAUGAACAAGACAAAAUAGUGGAACUACAAAAGACUGAGUGCGCAUAUUAGUUGAGCUCAUAAUUAAACUUAAAUAUACAAAAAACCAAAAUAACAACAAUAAUAAUCGAUCAAUAUCUACGCCCAAGUUCACCAUGUCCAACAUGGCACUGAUCAUAAAAUCUAUAGCCUAUAACUCAACAAGAACAAGUCCGUUUCAGCUGGCAACACUGUGCUAACCGUCGAAAUAAGAUAUAUAUUUUGAUAGACGCAUGACAUAGCAUAAAGCAUAACAUACCGCAACCUAUAACAUAUAUCUCUAGUGAUUAACUAUCAAAGUUCCUAUGCGUAAUCGUAGUUUAUCGUAAACGAAGAACCGGAGUUCGUAGACGAGCAGGUGGAGUCGGAGGAGAGGAAUCUAAAUACGUACAUAAUGCAUAAGCUGGACAGGCGGAGGGGAGGCGGAGAAGGGAGGAAGGAAAGAGGAGGAGUCAGUGCUAUAUAUGCCACUUAGAGGGAUAUAAGUAUAAAGCAGUAGCAGGAGCAUAAAAUCAAAAUUUAAAUUAUACACUUCUCAUCUAGAUAUGGCUAUUUGGGUUUUAGAAUAGGGCGGACAGAUCCCCGGGGGAUCCGAGCACGUAAAGGUAUAUAUGUGCUACGAUCAUAUAUAUAUAGGCAUUUAAACGAUACAAUAUGGUAAAGCUUCAGCACAAACAAAUUGCUCAAAGUCAGGAUCUUUAUAGCGAAGACUAUACACUCUUAGGAUGUUCUGAACGAAGGCCCCGACGGAGAUCUGCACUUACUUUGAUUGCCACACUCUAUAAAAAAACUACAUAUAUCCAAGGAAUGUCUUCACUUAAAACAUGUAUUUCCAGCGCACAAUGUGUACAUAAAAGUUGUUAAAGAUAUAGUUCAGAUAUCCGGCAGAAGGGGGCAGGGACGGGAGGAGGGAGAACUAGCGCCAGACGGUAAAAAUUAAGAACAUUUAAACAACUCAGGGCAAAAGUACAAUGACCAUUAGUACUUUUUUAUACAAGAACAUAUUUAAAGAAAGCAAAACGUAAACAAUUAAAUUAUUACCAACAUAAUAAAUUAAAUAUAUAUUAUGAAACGUUAAAAAAGAUAACAAAAAUGCUACCUCAGACGGACUUGAAAACAAUAAUUUAAAUAAAACAAGAAUUUAUAGAGAAAGAUCUAUAAAAAUUCAAACAGAAGCAGAAAAUAACCCCUAGAGCUAAAUCUAAUUUUUUUGUAGUAAUUUGACCUCAAACCAGGAUUACAUUUUAUACUUUAUUCCCUAUGAUUUAAUGAAUUAUUUUAAUUUAAGCAUUCCAAUGAUUAAAGACACAAACUAGUCGCAUAACUAAGAACCAAAGCAUUCUAGUCAAACGUUUAGAAAUAAACAUAAUAAUAGUAACGAUAAAACCAAAGCCAAAUCAGAUCCAUCAACUCAUCCGUUUUGGACGGCGAUUCUCACAGAUUAUUUUGUAGUAUUUAAGGAAUUUGUUCUUCAGUGAGAGGAGUCGCCCGGGACGAGUUGAUGGCUCCGGGGUCCGGCGAAGAUCCAUUUGCUAUAUUCGAAAUUUUCUUUUUUUAAAAACGUGUGUUUUUUAAAAUGCUGCGUGCCUUUUAGCAAAUACUUUGCCGAGUCCCGAAAAGCAAACCGACAUUUGAGCCCUAAAAUCGAAAUGAAAAUAGAUAUAGCUACAAAUAUAGACCAUAAUUUUAUUUUAUAUAUUCUACUUAAUUAUUAGUUCUUAUAUAUUAUUUGAAAUGUGUGUAUAUAUGUACCGAAUAAAUGUCAUGCAAUUUGUAUUUGUUAAACUUGAGAUUCUUUUAUUUUUUUCCAAGAUUAUGUUGCUUAUUUCCCUCUCGGACAAGCCACCAUUUAUUAUUAUUUUUCACCCCGAUUGAAGUGUGCCAGACUCGAGCCGCAGGCAGGGUUACAAAUGUAUAUCUCAAGGUCUUAAAAAAUCACAUUCUUCAACUUAUUGACUGUGAAGUUGUCGCCGAUAGGGGAAGACCUUUGUUUCCUUUGUUUUUUUUUCGGUUUUUUUUAGACUGAGUUCCCAUAGGGGACCUUCAUCUUUCGGGGUGUUAUAUGCUGGUUCAACGCCUUGGCUUCUUCAAUUAUUAAAUUGCCAUUUAAUUCAAUUUGUCAACAAUGGUUUGAGUGCAUAUCUGCAACUUGUUUAAAAAACUAAACCCCCAAGCAGCUGGAUUUUCUUUUUUAAAUAUUUCCAAAAAGCAGCACCCUCAUAAAAAAAAAAGAAAACUGUUUCCGGUUUUUGGGACUCACACACACACACUGACCAGCCACCCCUGAUUAGUAUGUUUGCAUUAAAAAAUACAUCUAUUUGAAUGGAAAAAACAGAGGAAUGCGAUAACAAAAACCCAGCAUGGUCAUGUGAGGGUCAAGUUGGAGGGUCGGGUCAGCAGCUGCUGCAGUUGUGUAAAAAAUUCCAGUCGUAAUAUCCAAAAAUCGAUACUGCUGUCGCUAUGCCACUGGCCUUUAUUAAAUGCAGCCACCCUCUGAAUUUUCCUCUCGAUUUUCUCCCAUUUUCGGCAGUUAAUUAUUUGUCACGUGUCCAUGCAAAUUUCAUCUCAUUGAUUACGGCCAGAUAUUCGAUACUUUUCCGGCGUGUAGCUGCAAUUAAAGAUUGACUCAAGCAACAACCCCCAGCCAGGUUGGCCAGGGGGAUGGAUAUGAGAUGGUGGUAGGCAAAUCUGGCAAAUAUUUUUCCCAAUUUAUCCCGAAAUAUUUUCUAUUGAAUUUUUAUGGCAAUUUGGGAAAAUCGUCCGCCAGCAGAGCAGCUAUUUUUAGGGCGCAAACAAUUGACCAGAAUGCAGCCUCUACCCCGUGGGGUUUCUGCAUCGAUUUAAGGGUGUUGCGCCGAUAUUUGCAUGUUUAAAAGUGAACUGGAAAAAUUGCAAUUUAUGAAAAAUGUAAUGAAAAGAAAUAAGGAACAAAAAUUGCAUUUGCCAAGGGUGAUUUAGGCGCAACCCCCGAAGAAAUGCUAUGCAAAUUAUUUAUUUCAUUUUAGGCUCGAGUCUUGGCAAUGGCUUUCCAUUUAUUUUAUUUCGUUGAAUUUUCGCUUUAUUGCAACCCCCAUGCCCCUUCAAAAAAGAGCGCACAAAUCAAAAGAGAUAAGCGAAUAUGUUUUAUAAAACGAAAAAAAAAAAACUAAAUAAAUUUUACAACAAAAACCCAAAGACAACUUGCAACGUACCUUGAGCAUAAAUCAAAAUUUUGUACGACCCCGCCGGAUGCAAGUCCGGCAAGGUCCACAGCAAAAACGACAACAAAAUCAAAAAUACAAUUUUAGAGCAUUAAGCACAAAACAAACAAAUUACACUCUUAAUAAAUAUUUUAGUUGUAGGCCUAAGAAAACAUAACAAAAUACUUUGGAAAAUAAUAUUUAAUAGAUGUUGAGAUUAAAACCAGAAGAGAAAAAUGAAGAUAAAAAGCAACACAAAGACGUGAAAGAGCGCAAAAUCAAAAGCCACGAGCAAAAAUCAAAACAAAAUUAAAUUUAAAUUUACUAUAAAUUAAAAACCAAAGCGAAAACCAAAACCAAACAUUUAUUUAGCAAUUGGCAAAUGUAUGAGAUAUAUACACUAAUAUAUCGAUAUAUAUACACAUAUAUAUAUUACAUAUAUUUAAACAAUUUUACUUUGUUAUUACGUAAAACUAUGUGUGAGGCAAAAAAUCAAAAGAAACGCAAGGCAAACUUGAACAAAAUAAUUUAUAUUACGAUAUACGUGAAAAUGUGAAAGAGCAGAGAAUCAAAAACGGUGGAAAAACCAAAAAUUUUCAUUUCAUUGUAAGUGAGCAUUUAUCAAAA